AUGCCAUAUCUAGCAAAAGACAUCCUUUAUCCAGGAAGAGACAGUCCAUAUCCAGCAAGAUACAUCCCUUUUGCAGCAAGAGACAUCUUUUAUCCAGCAAGAGACAGCCCAUAUCCUGCAAGAGACAGCACAUAUCCAGCAGGAGACAGCCAAUAUCCUGCAAGAGACAGCCCAUAUCCAGCAAGAGACAUCCCUUAUCCAGCAAGAGACAUCCCUCCAUAUCCUGCAAGAGACAGUCCACAUCCAGCAAGAGACAGCCCAUAUCCAGCAAGAGACAACCCUUAUACAGCAAGAGACAUCCCUUAUCUAGCAAGAGACAUUCCUUAUCUAGCAAGAGACAGCCCAUAUCCAGAAAGAGACAGCCCAUAUCCUGCAAGAGACAGCCCAUAUCCUGCAGGAGACAGCCCAUAUCUAGCAAGAGACAGCCCUCCAGCAAGAGACAGCCCAUAUUCUGCAAGAGACAGCCCAUAUCCAGCAAGAAACAUGCCAUAUCCAGAAAGAGACAUCCCUCCAUAUCCAGCAAGAGACAUCCCAUAUCCUGCAAGAGACAUCCCAUAUCCAGCAAAGAGACAUCUAGGUAGCCCACAUAUCCAAGCAGCGUUAAUAGACAGCCCCUGUCCAGCAACACUCAAUAACUAA